AUGUCAGCUGUAAACAGUACAUUGUUGGAGCACUCGAAUCGACUUGAACAAUUUAAAAAUCAAGAGUCGGAUAGCGAGGCGAUCAGAUUGAGAAACGAAAAUCUUGAACUUAAAAAGGAAAAUGGGCGCUUGACAGAGCAGAUAAAUAAUUUGAGUUGCACUCUAACUGACCUUCAAGAUAAAGUGAAACAGGCGGAAGAAGAGAAAGCCAGUCUAAUUACAGCUAUCUGGCUAUUAAACAAAGAAUUAGGAGUCAACCAACCAUUAAAUAGUAGCGAGUCAACUGGAGAGAAAAUUAAUUCCGACGAAGCUGACGACUGUCAACGUUGUCAACAACUGAGUAGAGCCUAUCCGGAUAUUCCAACCCAAAAUAGAUAUUCUACACUAGCGAUAUCUGGACCGCAAGUUAUCGAAGAGACUGUCGAAGCCAUUCAGAGGCAAGCCAGUGGGCAAGGAUUGCAAGCUAUCGAAGUAGAAGAGCCUGUCGAAGCUAUCCAGAGCCAAGCCAGUGGACAAGGUCAAACAUCAACAUCAACACAAGACGUCGAUAAGUCGAGCGAUAAACCGAAAUCAGUUUUGAUUAUUGGAGACUCCAUAAUUAAGCACAUAGACCCCCGAAAACUCUCCAAAAAGACAGUCUAUAAGCGGUCGUUUCCAGGUAAAAGAGUCGAAGAAAUACAUGAUGAAAUAGACAAUAUACAAAUGAACGAUGAACUAUCAUAUGUAAUUAUUCAUGUAGGUACGAAUAAUCUAUCAUCCGAAAGCGUAGACUCAUGUGUUCGAAAAAUACAAAAGCUGGCUUUGAAGACUCGCAGAAAAUUUUAAAAUUCAAAGAUUGGCAUCUCCAGCAUUAUACAUAGAGAUGAUAUCAAUGUGUCGGCAAAGUUAUCUGCAGUCAAUGGAAAGUUAAAGGAGAUGGCUAACAAUGAUGACUUUGUUUUUAUUGACAAUUCGCGUAUUGAUGGAACAUGCCUCAACGGCAGCAAACUACAUUUGAACGCAAAGGGAUCGGCUUAUUUAGCCAAUAAUUUUAUAAAAUUUAUUAGGCCAUUGGGAAAACGAGCGAAGCUGCAAACGGGGUUUUUAAACCCAAUACAUCAGCUGGGACAACUACUAACCCAGCUAACAACCCAACCAACGACAAUUCCACUAUACAAGAAACCUCGCCGUUAGAUGUUGGGAAUGACAAUUCAGGUAAAGCAUGCCGUGGUCCAACAAUGGGUGAGUUUGAUUCUUCAUUGCAUUGCGUCGCUAGAUUAAAAGGCCUAAAAAUUGCUAGUAUAAAUGUCAAUAGCUUAUUGAAACACAUUGAGGAAAUUAGGCAUCUGUUAUUUAAAUUUCCCUUCGAUAUUUUUGCUAUUAAUGAAUCCAAAAUAGAUGAUUUUGUAAUGGAUGGGGAAAUAAGUAUCCCUGGUUUUAACUUGAUAAGAAAGGACCGUAAUAGGGCAGGAGGCGGUGUGGUGUUGUACAUCAGAGACAACCUAUCCUAUUUGGAUAGGAAUGACUUGGUGCCCGAUCGUCUUGAGAUGCUGUGUGCUGAAAUUACUCGCCCCUUUAGCAAGUCGCUUUUUGUCUGCACAUGGUAUAGGCCUGAAAAUAAGGAAUUGAUUAUAAUUGGUGAUAUUAACUGCGAUGUUAUGAAAACCUCACCAGAUGCCCAUACACGACAAUUAAACUUUUUGUGUUCUCUUUAUCAACUUGACCAAUUAAUUAAUAAACCUACAAGAGAGACCAACACCUCGGCGACCUUGAUUGAUUUGGUCUUAACUAAUGCUAAAGAAAACAUUUCGACGUCUGGUGUAAUAAAUAUGGGAUGUCUGACCAUAGUUUGA